AUGUCGGCCACGAAGCCCAAGAAACGACAUAUGACCACGAAUCCACCGACAUCUUCGUCUUCAGGACAAGUAUCAUCAUCCAAGAAGGAUCAAGCGUACGACACGUUCAGCUUUAUCCUCGAUGUAAUCGCAAAUAUAGCCGAGGGAUCAGAUAUGCUCGCCCCUCUAAAGGCGGCUUGUCGAGCAACAAAAUCUGUCCUGGAUGUCGUGCGGGCGAUAGAAAGCAACAAAGAAGAAUGGAAUGACUUAAUGGGACGUCUGACGGGAUAUAUCUCCACAUUCGAAGAACAGACCGCCUCGUUUGAGACAUACAAUCAAACGGACAGAGCCAUCAGCCAGACGCUCUGUCGACACCUCAAUGACUAUCUUGAACUCCUCAGAGAUAUAUGUAGUACCGUGAUCAACGCGAGGGACAAACGCAGCCACAGCAGGCUCAGCUUUCUGAAGGGGUUCAGCAAAAUUAAGAUUGAUGCGGAUGACAUCCGUAAAUUCAAUAGGAAUAUCGAGGACCGACACAGGCAUCUCAUGAGUGCAUUGAGUCUUUUCAUUGCUCACAUCGUUGAACGGAAUGCCAACGCCGCUGUUAUACUCCAGCUUCCAAUGGUCGCAUUAGUCGCAUCCUCCAUCCAUAUUCCCUGCAUGCAAGGAACUCGGCGUGCCGUUCUUGACAAAAUCCGGCGUUGGGCCGAGGAUGAAAUGUCCGAGAGACCAAUAUUCUGGUUAUGUGACAUCGCUGGAUCUGGCAAAUCCUCAGUUGCGAUGUCCACGGCGGCGUCGUGGCGCGACAAGGGAAAACUAGGAGCCCAGUUCUUCUUCUCGAUGUCUAGCACCGAAGCAUCAAACACUGAGAAGCUCUGUUCGACCAUGGCUAAGGAACUCGCCCAUCAUAUGCCCGAACUCGCCCCACACAUCGCCGACGCCGUGAAGCAAAAUCCAGCUAUCAUGCGAAGCCCUCUCGAAGAGCAGUUCCGCACAUUCAUCACCGGCCCACUCGGCCAUUCAGACAAGCGCGUGAUCAUCAUCAUCGACGCCAUGGACGAAUGCAAGUCUGGGCCACAGCGAAGAGAACUCGUAGAGACCCUUACUAAGGGUGUCCAAGAGAGGAAGAACCUCAGGAUAUUCAUGACUAGUCGACCUGAUCCCGUCAUUGAAACCGUCCUGCAGGGAGUGUCGAUUAAAGAAAAGUUGGAAGACCGCCUACAUGAUGUCAAUUACCUGGAUAACACUAACGACAUCGCGGUUUAUGUAGAUCACUCGCUAAAUCGAGUUCUACCGCAGGACAAGAGGCGACGACUGGUCGAAAAAGCCGAUGGUCUAUUCAUCUGGGCGAGCACCGCAUGUCGAAUGCUCACCAGUGAGACCAGCUUGAGUUCGCAUGAGGAUAUAUACGAUCGUCUAAUAUCCAUGGACAAGCCAGGAGCCAUAGACAGUGUUUACAGUCUCGUCUUCGAGCGUAUAGAUCCCGAAUACUAUGGGGUCAUGUGUGCAAUGCUCGCGCUGCUGCUCGCUGCAUUCGAGCCUCUCACUAUCGACGAUCUAGAUGACAUCCUAAAGCAUUCGAAAAUCCCUGGAAGUGCCAAGGCCCUGGUACUGAAUCUGGGCAGCGUACUGAGUGUGGAUCAAGGCACAAACCUCAUCCAAUUUCGUCACCCUACCUUCGUCGAGUACCUUCGGCGCUGCAUCUCAGCACCAGUCGUCGGUAAUCUCUGUCUUGACAUUGUCGAGGCACAUGGUCAAGCUGCAUCGUGGUGCCUCAAACGCCUCAAGUCACCAACUGGAGGACUCAAGUUCAAUAUAUGCGAAAUCGAAUCGUCCUUUUGUCUAAACAGACAGAUCCCCGAUCUGGAGGCCAGAGUGUCAAGGCUGAUUCCAAGAAGGCUGCGAUAUGCGAGCUCCCAUUGGCUGUUCCAUUUGGCGAAAACGGACGACAAGUGGCGAUGGGCGCUGAAGAGUGAAGUUGAGCACAUCCUGAGAAUUCCCUAUGUGCUAUACUGGAUGGAGGUUCUUAGCUUGACUGGAGGAGUGCCACGAGCGAUAGCUGGCCUUCGGACUGCUACACGCCGCAUGGGGAUUGAGGAAACUCGAAGCACUAUAUCAGAGAUCCGACGAUUUUUGAUGACAUUUUCGGUACCGAUCCAAGACAGUGCUCCACACAUCUACAUAUCAGCUAUUCCAUUCACCCCUACAGAAACAAUGCUGCAUAUCGAGGGAUUAAGGCGGUAUGAAAACACGGUGGUUGUUACCCAAGGGCUCGAGAAGACAUAUCCUAGGCUUCCUAGCACUCUUCAAGGUCACCAAAGUGCCGUGACGGCUGUCGGAUUCUCUCCAGAUGGCUCAAGCAUUGUCUCUGGCUCAAAAGACACUACGAUUCGACUAUGGGAUACAGAAACUGGACAACCGCUGGGGGAGCCUUUCCGGGGUCAUCAACAAGGUGUGACUGCCGUCGAGUUCUCGCCAGACGGCUCGCGAAUCGUUUCUGCCUCGCACGACGCGACUAUUUGGCUGUGGAACCCGGACAGUGGUCAGCCACUGGGAGAACCUCUCCCAGGCCAUCAAGGACCGGUCUACGCUGUGGGGUUCUCGCCAGACGGCUCGCAAAUUGUCUCCGGCUCAUUUGACGGGACGAUUCGACUCUGGGAUGCAGACACCGGGCAGCCCCUGGGAGAGACAUACCGAGCUCAUUCCAUGCCGAUAGAGUCUGUCGGGUUCUUGCCAGACGGCUUACGGAUCGUCUUCAGCGAAUGGGGAGAGACGAUUCGACUGUGGAACGUAGAUACUGGCCAACCACUAGGAGAGCCACUCCAGGGCCAUGAAGGCUGGGUAAAGUCCGUCGAUAUUUCGCCAGACGGGUCACGCAUUGUCUCUGGCUCACGUGACAAGACCAUUCGACGAUGGAACCCGGACACUGGCCAACCACUAGGAGAGCCGCUCCGGGGACAUGAUGAAAGUGUCAAUUCCGUUGCGUUCUCGCCUGAUGGCGCACGAAUCGUCUCUGGCUCGGAUGAUAUGACCGUUCGACUAUGGGAGGCGGACACUGGUCAGCCACUGGGAGAGCCACUCAGAGGUCAUGUCAGACCUGUCAAUGCCGUUGCCUUCUCACCUGAUGGCGGACGCAUUGUCUCUGGCUCGGACGACAAUACGGUGCGACUAUGGGAGGCGGAUACUGGUCAGCCACUGGGAGAGCCACUGGGAGAGUCGGCCCAAGGGUUACAACAGUAUGUAUUAGCCGUCGAUUUCUCGCCAGACGGCUCGCAAAUUGUCUCCGGCUCAUCCGACAAGACGAUCCGACUGUGGGAGGCAGACACCGGUCAACCACUAGGAGCGUUACUUCAAGGCCACGAAGAAUUUGUCUACGCGGUUGGGUUCUCGCCAGACGGCUCACAAAUCGUCUCUGGCUCGGGCGACGAAACCAUUCGACUCUGGGAUGUUCAUACUGGUCAGCAACUGGGAGAGCCGCUCCGAGGUCAUGAAGGAGCUGUCAAUGCCGUCGGGUUCUCGCCGGACGGCUCGCGAAUUAUCUCUGGCUCGGAAGACAAAACUAUUCGACUGUGGAACGCACAUACUGGUCAGCCAGUGGGAGAGCCAAUCCGAGGUCACAGAAAACCUGUCACUUCCAUCAGGUUCUCGCCGGAUGGCUCGCGAAUUGUCUCUGGCUCGGAAGACCACACUCUUCGACUCUGGAACGCACACACUGGUCAAUCACUGGGAAAGCCGCUCCAGGGUCAUGAAGAGUGGGUACAGGCCGUCGAUUUCUCACCGGAUGGCUUACGAAUCGUCUCCGGCUCGGAUGACAAGACUGUUCGACUCUGGGACGUGCACACUGGUCAGCCAUUGAGGGAGCCACUCCAAGGUCAUCAAGAUUCUGUCCACGCCGUGAGGUUCUCGCCAGACGGCUCACGAAUUGUCUCCGGCUCGCUUGACAAGACGAUUCGACUCUGGGACGGGCACACUGGUCAGCCAUUAGGAUUGCCACUUCGAGGUCCUCGAGAAUUCGUCCUAACCGUCGGGUUCUCGCCAGACGGUUCACGAAUCGUCUGCGGCUCAUCCAAUAACCUGGUUCUGUUAUGGGACAUACCUGACAAGUACGACUAG